UUAGGGACACUCCAAAGCACUUAGCGAGUUAGCGCCAUAGACACCGAUCGAGUCCUAUAAAUUCGUAUCAAAUUCCACACAUUUUCCACCUACACAACCAACAUGACAUCAUCACAAUCACAAUCCUUCUGUAAAUUCUCUCUGACACUUUUGCUGUUCGUUUUCAUUUCAUCACUUUUUUCUUCUUCCUAUGCAACUUCUCGCUUGGCCACAACAAAAAGAACACACUAUUCACCAAAACUACAAGCAGAAAGGCUCAUAAGAAGCUUUAACUUGUUCCCUAGGGACACAGUUAACAUCAGACUAGAUGACGAAAAUGAUGAAUUUAUCCCUGGGAAGAUUGUGGAGAAGAAAUUUUCUUUUCUUGGUGAUUCUGGUCCUUCAGUUGAAGAACUUGGUCACCAUGCUGGGUACUAUUCACUUCCUCACUCCAAAGCUGCAAGGAUGUUCUACUUAUUCUUUGAAUCACGGAACAGCAAAGAUGACCCUGUUGUGAUAUGGUUGACUGGAGGACCAGGGUGUGGCAGUGAACUAGCUUUGUUCUAUGAGAAUGGCCCUUUUCAUAUUACCAGUAACUUGUCUCUCGUGUGGAAUGACUAUGGCUGGGACAAGGCAUCAAAUAUUUUAUUUGUUGACCAACCCACCGGGACUGGUUUCAGCUACACUUCUGAUGAUGCUGAUAUUCGCCAUGACGAAAUCGGUGUCAGCAAUGAUUUGUAUGACUUCUUGCAGGAGUUUUUCAAGGCACAUCCUCAGUUUGUUAAGAAUGACUUUUAUAUUACUGGAGAAUCAUACGCUGGACACUACAUUCCAGCUCUUGCAUCCAGGGUUCACCAAGGAAACAAAGAAAAACAAGGAAUUUACAUAAACCUCAAGGGUUUUGCUAUUGGUAAUGGGUUAACCAACCUUGAAAUUCAGUACCCAGCUUACACAGAUUUUGCAUUAGACAACGGAUUAAUUACAAAGGCUGAGCAGGAAGAAAUCAACAAGAUUGUUCCAAAUUGUGUGCAAGCUGCGAAAACUUGCAACACUGAAGGUGGGGAAAGUUGCGAUUCUGCGUUUGGUGUUUGUCAAGAAAUAUUCGAUGAUAUCCUAUCCAUUACUGGAGACAUCAACUACUAUGACAUCAGAAAGAAAUGUGAAGGACCUUUGUGCUAUGACUUCUCAAACUUGGAGACACUUAUGAAUGAGAAGACAGUGAGGGAUGCUUUAGGUGUAGGAAACUUGGAGUUUGUUUCAUGCAGUAGGAGAGUGCAUGCUGCUAUGUCGCAGGACUGGGUGAAGAACUUGGAAGUUGGUAUUCCUUCUCUUCUUGAGGAUGGAAUCAAGGCUCUUGUGUACGCUGGUGAAUAUGAUCUCAUAUGCAAUUGGCUUGGGAAUUCAAGAUGGGUUCAUGCCAUGGAGUGGUCAGGCCAAAAGGAGUUUGGGGAAUCCCCUACAGUGAAAUUUUUUGUUGAUGGUGCUGAAGCAGGGUCUUUAAAUAGUUAUGGACCACUCUCUUUUCUCAAGGUGAAUGGGGCUGGACACAUGGUCCCUAUGGAUCAACCAAAAGCUGCACUUCAGAUGCUGACAAGCUGGAUGGAAGGGAAAUUGAACUAGUGAACUUUAAUCUCUAGAAGAUUGGGUUAUGUAAACAGUAGAAAAGACUGUAAAAUUUAAUUCAAAAUGAAAAUGCAUAGAAGUUUGGACUUCAAGACCUUAUAGUCAAUUCAAGAUCAAAGCAUUCAAGACCCAGUUGAAGAAGCCUACAGUUUCCAUGUCCAAUUCAAAUACAAGUUCAAGUGACCAGUUAGAAUUGCUUUCCUACAAGGCCAGUGUUCUGUUUGACUCUUGAUGUGUCAAGUUAUUAAGAGAAACAAGUUGUUGGCUUUAAACAAAAAUGACUUGAGUACAAAGAUGUUGUAGUCUAAUGGAACCUUGAAGAGGAUUUCCACCAA